CGAUAGUUUCCAUCAGACACACUUCACCAUGAGGCGUUACACCUACAUCAUGCUGACAUGCAUCUUAAACAGCGUUGUUACGGUUAAAGUUAAAGUCAUAAUGCACUCAGAUGAAGAUUCCAGAAUAGAAGAUGAGGAAAUUGCCCGCACGGAGACCUGGGACGCCAAACAAAAAGUAGAGAUAACAAUGUUGCCGUUUCUGAAGAAAUCUCACAUAAACGUAAGACAUGAAGAAAAACCAGUGGAUUACGAGGAAGAAGUUCAAACGACUGAGAAACAAAAACAGAUCCAUCCGAACGAGAUGCUGUUCCCUUUGAUAUAUAAACAGAGCCACAUUAACAGUAUGUUCAAGUUUGGUGACAACUGGUACACCUGGUCGACGGAAAAACGAACAGAUGGCUCCAAAGCCACCAAUUAUUUUAUUUGCUACGAGGAACCGAAACAUUGCGAUGAAAUUGGAUGGGAGCGUACGGACACACUACCCAAGUGCGCUUUCCAAAUAGAAGCGCUGACCGCGGACGAUCGUGCUUGUAUCAACAGCUUCGGGAUAGAACCUCGACCUGGUAACGCUUGCGAUGGCGGAGAACAGAUGAAGGUAAGCGAUAUCGUAAAAUCGUGCGGGCCUCGCGUGAAGUCCCUAUGGCGUUUCAUUCGUGUGGGCCGUCGUCCCACCAACGCAGCCAAGCCAGCUGAUGUCAACUCGCUCAUCUGUGAAGACGAGGAAGAGUGCUUCGUUUCUAUUGAGUACAGGAUUCAUCACGAUAGAAUAACAUUCUCACUUCAUGAGCCUACGCGAGGACAAACAUUCAAGAGUGCUCUCAAACGUGAGAUUGCUGACGAUGAAAAAGUCACCACACUUGAACCGCGACAAAAAACAGUUCACAGAGAGAAAAAAAAUCCAGAAGUAAGUCAAAAAAAUAGGAAACACUUAAGAGCCAGGAAAGUGGCCGAAGGGAAGGGAAUCGUGAAAGAAAAAAAUGACUCUGGCUACACGAAGAGAAGACAAGUCAAAAACAAAAUAAAAUUCAGAGAAGAUAUUUCAGACGAUGUAUCAGAGUGAAUUAAUAAAUUAAUUUAUUUUGUAUGUACCUUUAGGUCAAUAAUAAUUAAUUAUUACCUGGAACAACAAACCAAUUAAUAUUCAACUUGUGAUGAUUACAAUAAGCAUUAGUUAAAAAAAACACUGGUAAUAUUCGUCGUCUAAUACCCAAAAUGUAUAACAAAAAGCAUUACUAAAAUAAAUCGAGGUGGUUUCGUACAAAUGUAACAAAAGGAACUGGGAGAAUAAUAAAAUUCAAAAUAAU